AUGGCGGAUAUGAGAGGGCCGAAGAAAUCCGAACUGGCCAUCGUGGACGCCGUCAAGGAUGACCUGGAUCGGUCUGAUUUCGAAACCUACCUCACCGAUCUCGCCGAUGCCCGGACGGCGGAUGAGCCGACGGGAGACAGUUUCGUUGCAAGUCGACUCGGUGCGGCACGAAUCUGGAAAGAGCCUCUUGGCGUCGUUCUCAUCGUGCCGCUCAUCACGGCCAUCACCUCGAGCUGCUGCGCCGUCGUAAAACCGCCCGAACUGAUAGUAGCGUGUCAAAAUCUCCUCCAGGACCUGGUCACACGAUAUCUCGACUCCACCGCGGUCAGAGUGGUCCGCGGCGGUGUUCGUGAGACGACGAAGCUGCUUGAGCUCCCCUUAAACUACAUCUUCUUCACCGGUUCUGCGAGCGUGGAUCGACAUAUCAGUGCAGCCGCGGCAAAACAUCUGACCCCUGUGGCCUUGGAGCUGGGUGGCCAAUCUGCUGCUAUCACCGGUCAAUCGGCAGACGUGGAUCGUGCGGCCAACAGCGUUGCGCAUGUCAAGUUCCUUAAUGCCGGACAGAUCUGUUUCACAUCUGCGGGCUAUUGUGAGUCCCCCAAAGUGGUUCGAUCGUCUGCUAGCGUUCAGAUACCCGCCGUUUAG